ACAUUUUAUCUGGUAACCAAUGAAGGUCAUUUUUCAUUUGUCCAAAUGAUUCACUCCAACAUUGGCUUGUGGAAUCCAACAAUUCAAUUUACCGCUCGUUUCUUUGGUGCUGGAAUUAAUACUUUUAAAUCAGUCAAUAUGUCCAAUUUCAAAUUAUCACCAGAUCGACGUUCAGCUCAGGCUGAUAAUAUGUCCAUCAUUCUCAAUCCUGAAUGUAAUAAAUAUACUGUCACUCUUACACACGAACAAGAGUUAAUUGUCUCUUUCGAAUUCGAACGAGUGGAUCGCGGUUUUAAAAUUGGUGGUGGCAAGACUUAUUUCGGUCAAGACAAGUCAACAGGGUUUGUCGAACAUAAGUUUUGGCCAAAAGGCAAUGUUAAAGGCAACAUUGUCGUCGAUGGCAAAGCUUUUGAUAUUUCAGGAGUUGGUUUAUUUGUUCAUGCAAUUCAAGGGAUGAGACCACACUUGAUCGCUUCCCGUUGGAAUUUUGUUAGUUUUCAUUCUGAUAUCGCUUCUUUAGCUAUGUGCGAAUUUGAAACCACUCCUCAUUACGGAA